CUUGCAAGUUGCAACCACAGAUAGCAACAUCACACCAAGGGAGUUCAUGGCGUUGUCUAUGGAACACUUGGUCUUUGUGAUAGUUGUACAAGAUUCAGACCCUACCAUGACACACGCGCCCUAUAAAUACAUGAUCACGGCACAAACCAUCGCCACACACAAGCUGACCUUUUUUCUCUGAUCAUUUCUUCUCAGAGACACAUUCCAUCUUCAAAAUCAAAACAAGUGGCCAUGAUGAGCUCCAAGAAACUAGCUCAACUUUCCAAGAAGUGGCAAGGAAUCAGUGCCAUCGGGCGAAGAAGGGUCACAACAACGGACAAGGAUGUGCACCCGUCCUGCAGCUCAGUUGCAGGCAAGGGCCACUUCGUUGUCUACUCCUCCGACGGGAGGCGCUUCGAGAUCCCCAUAGCGUGCCUCCGCACGAUGAUCUUCGAGGAGCUCCUGAGGAUGUCGCAGGAAGAGUUUGGGUUCACAAGUGAGGGGAGGAUCACACUGCCUUGUGAUACGACAAUGAUGGAGUAUGUAAUGUGUUUGCUCAGGAGAGAGGCUUCUGAAGAUGUUGAGAGGGCGCUUCUCAGCUCCAUAAUAACGACUUGCCACCACCCAAGCAGAAUGAUGCAAGCAGCCACUGGACUUCACCAGCAAUUUUCUGUGCGCAGCUCCUGAAGAGUGAACAUCUCCAGAUUCUUCUUUCUGUUUUCAUGUUCCAUCUUUUUCCCCGGUUGUACUUUUGGAGCACACCUUUUGUGCAACGUUUUUCCAAGGGUGCCGUACUGUGGAUGUACAGAUGGAUGCAUGUAAAAAUAAUCACAUUGUGUUUAGAAGAAGAAAGAAUCAAGUUUAGCCAAUUGAAACAAUAUCUAGUGCUACUACUGCUAGUUCAGUUUCUGCACUGUAUUAGAGAGGUCACCACAGAAGCCAACUAGGAAUGAAGCCAAGUAGGAAUCACAUGAACAAAACUAAGAAAUGGA